UUUGCUUUAAUUACCUAAGUAAAGAAGAGAUCGCUAAUAAACUCAAAAUACUUUGCCGCUUCUCACCCAGAAAACAAUGCAAUGUUCUGAAGAAAUUAUUGCAGAGUUGUUUUACAAUGUCUCCAGUUCCUUUCAACUCUUCCUCAUUUUCUCUUACUUCACUUCCAUUUUACUUGCCAAGCUUUUCUAUUUUCUUGGUGGAAAUCCAUUUUUCUGGAGGAAUCGAGAUAAGGGAUAUGAAUUUUCUGAGUUUUCGGACGAAGAAAAUGAAUAUUAUCAUAAUGAUGCUGAAAAAGGAGAGGAAAAUCAUUGUGUAGCAGACACAUUUAGGGAAAGUGAAACAUUGGUGUUCAUGCCUAAUGCAAAUGCUCAAGAAAACCAGAUUUUUAGCUAUGCGGAACAGAGUACAAAAGAAAGUUGUAACACAGAUGAAGGAAACUCAGUUUAUGGUUCACCAGCUUCAGAAUCUGUUCAUAGUGAUGAUGAUGAAGAGAAGAUUCUCAAUUCGGAUUCUUAUAAUUGUGAUUCUGAAACAAACGACAUUAAUCAUGGAAAGUGUUAUAGGGAAAUCAAGAAAGACAAGAAAGUUAAGAAGAGUAAUAAAUUACUUUGUCGAGAGGAAAAUUUCUUGGUUUAUGCACCAUCAAAGUUAGAGAGCAAGAAAAUAUUCCAAUUCCAAGAAAAGGAGGAUAUUGAUGAAAUAUAUGGGGAUUCUUAUACUGUUGGUUCCACUUCUAAGAGCUCCUCUGAAUGGAGAAACUCCAUUAAAGACUCAGGCACUGAUGAUCCAUUUUCUUCUUCUUCAAGAAGAAGUUGCCCCAAAUGGGAGUCUUACACUAUCUUCCAAAAAUAUGAUGAAGAAAUGUUGUUUUUAGAUAAAAUCAGCGUACAAAAACUCCAUGAAACAGGUACGUAA